CGAGCCCUGCAACAGCCUACAUGGGUUAUGACUACGUUUGAGAUGUUAUUUCUCAGAAGAGUGCUGAGAGGCGUGAACCAUCUACAAUACUGAGCUCCGUUUCAAGACCGUUCACACAGCGAGUUUUUCCCCCAACUUUGGACGACUCCAUAUAGAACACCAGAAUUUGAAGAUCCAGUAGGCUACGGAGAGAAUUAUUGGCUCACGUUUUGUGGUGGUUAGACAGAUCCAAAGCUACGGACACUAGUUCUGGAUUUGCGCGUGCGGUCUCCACACGCACGUCCUGAAUUACGCACGCUCGCCACGACGAAGAGUUCAAUAUUAUGACGGACUAUACAAAGAUGGAUGUAACGUUUAUAUCAGGAUGUGAAUUUAAGUUUCCACCAUGGAACGCCGUUAUUAGAUUUGAUGUGUGAGGAUGCCAAACCUUCAUUUACUCGUCUAAAGAGGGAAACAGAAUGGAUUUGUGUUUUCUGUAGAGACUAUAUAAUUUAAUUGGUGCCUUACAUAUUUGUGUUGCGAUGACCUCUCCUUUUGAGGAUAAGAACGGACCGUCUCAGAUUACCCGCGGCCGAAGAUAUGUGCUAACAGAUGACCAGCCAGGCGGACUGUCUCGCGGGAAACGGUGCCAAGCAUCCCCGGAGACUGCUUACACUGAGCGUCCCUCCCCUGAAGGUGCUGGUUCCACAAGUGACACGCACGGCGCUUCAUCCCUGCGAUCUGGUUUCUCCUCGUUGGGCUCUCUGGUGGCAUCAUACCCUCUUGGGAUCACCGAGCCGGCUUGCUCUGUCACCGUUUCCACUGGUUACAGCACAAAGUCUCCCGAGUCAAGAAGCAAAAAGUGUCUGGAUUAUGAUCAUGUUUUGUGCGACACCUGUGUCUCACGUUUACAUGUAUUGAGGAGACAGGCUCUAAAACUACUCAUCCAUAACAAGGACCCUGAAGGGGCCAAUGUGGCGCCUCACUGUGCCAUUGAGGCCUGGUAUGAGAGUGAUGGCCACUGUGACGUCUGUGCCACCAACCUGAGGCAGCUGAAGCAGAAGGCUUUGCACACAAUACUCACCCAGGAGCAGGCCAUCUGGGCCCGUGAUUCUUCUCCCUUCCUCUCCUCCCCACGCCCCCGAAACGAGCCCCAGGCCCUAACACCCUUCCCAGGACCUCCAGUCCACACUCCAGCCCUGCCAAGCCCGCGCUGAAGUCCAGCGGUCAGGGGAAGGACGCGAGUACGGAGGGGCAGCCUUGUCUGGAGGCUCAGUGGUCUGGGUCAGCUCUCCGAAGCAAUGGAGCCUCUCUGCAUCGCCACCAGAUGUCCCAGUCCACAGUUGCCACCCCUGGAGCCCCAACCCCCACAGCCACCUCUACUGCUGUAUCCUUCUUUGUCAGGGCGGUGCAGAAGCUCAACCUCUCCUCCAGGAGGAAGAAGCCAAGCUCCGCCCUUCCCGCCGGUGGUGACGCCCCGUCUCGCAUCACCAACUUCUGCGGCCUCCUCCUGCGGUCCCCUCCCCUGGUCCCACGCCAUCUGUUCCAGGCCUCCACCCCAGGGAAACAGACACCAGGCACUGGCAAGGGACAUGUGAAGGUCAUGCUAAGAGUAAGCCCAGUGGUGGACUCCUGCCUCAAAGUAGACGGACGCAGAAAACAGGUCACAAUACUGGACCCAAUUACCCAUAAUCCUCAGCAGCAGACGGCAGCCUCCAAGGUCACUCAGAGGUCCUUCACCUUUGAUGCCGUCUUUACUCCGGAGUCAAUGCAGGGAGAGGUGUGUGAGAGUGCUCUGUCGGGGGCUCUCCAGGCUGUCAUGAACGGGGCAGAUGGAUGCAUCCUCGGGUUCGGGCGAGCAGGGACGGGAAAGUCUUACACGAUGACAGGAAAAGACGACUCCAUCCUGAGCCUAGGGGUUAUUCCCUGUGCCGUCUCCUGGCUGUUUAGGCUCGUCAGCAAGAGAAAGGAGAAGACUGGGGCAGACAUCUCUGUGUCCAUAUCUGCCAUUGAGGUCUGUGGGAAAAAUGAAAUCCUCAGGGACUUGCUAUCAACCGAAGACACUGGUGAUGUUGUCAAUGGCCAGAAACCAGACAUUAGCAUUUUUGAGGACCCUGUCAGUGGAAUACAGCUUAUGAACCACAGCAUGGCCAGUGCACCCACAGUGGAGAAAGCUGCCUCCCUGUUGGACACUGCCCUCUCCUGUCGCACCGGCAACAGGCCUGGAGUCAGUUCUCACAUGUUCUUCACCCUGCACGUCCAUCAGCAGCACACACAGGGCCCCGCCAAAGACGUCAUGUGUGGAGGCCAAAGCAGGCUGAUCCUCGUAGAUCUCGGGAGCUGUGUUGAGGAACACUCUAAGAACAUGGCCCAGCUUUCCUAUUCUGAGCUCAGCAGUGUCAUGUUGACCCUGCUCAGAGGUGGCAAGCAAGUCCCAAACAGGAAUAGCAAGCUGACCAUGCUCCUGCAGGAGUCUCUUGGGAAUGUCAAUUGUAAGACAACUGUUGUUGCUCACGUGUCUGGAUCGUCAGAGAGGAUUUCAGACACUCUCUCUACCAUGCAAAUCAUCUCUCGUAUCCAUAAGAUGCAAAGAAAAGCCAAGAAAUCAAGGUCCUCUUCACCAAGUGAGAGAAGUGUCCGUAAAGAGAAGAAAUUGCUUCAUGAAACCAAACUGAGAGCAUUCUACUCCACCGGCACUCUGGACCCAGAUGUGGCAGCACCAAAGCUGUUCCGGGAUGUGGAGGAUCGCUCCGGCAGUGACCUGUCCUGUGAUACAGUCAUUCAUGUAGAUUCUGAUGGGUGCAACACUGAUAUGAACAAAAAGCCUCAAGAGUCCAUAUCAAUAAUCCCAUCUUUGCUUAAAAGCAAGACUGAGGUAGGGAAUACUUCGCCCUCUAUGAAACAGCGCCCCCAGAGGACAUUCCUGAAAGACUUUCGGAUUAUGAACCGGUCGCAAGAGGAGAAAGAACCGAAAACGUUGGAGACCCAGAAUGCAGAGAUGGAAUAUUUCAAGUGCAGUACAUUUGCAGAGCUGCAGGAACGACUGGGAUGCAUUGACGGAAGUGAGUUGAUCAGCCAGGAUCAAACUACAGAGGGCCUAAGUAAAUUACAGCCUUUUCUGGAAGCCAAAAAAGGGGUGGAGACUGAAAUGGUUAAUUAUGUCCCCUCCGUACAGGUGAACACAGAAGUAAAUGGCUACAUGGCAGCAUGUGAGACAAAAACUAGUGACAUUGAGCUCAUAGAUUCUUUUCAAAGUGAUCCCACAAGUUACAAGGAGACCCCCAGUGACAAACAAUUGACAGAUAAUCUGGGUAAUCCCAUUGACAGCCGGAGCCAAACUAGUGCUUCAGAUUCUGAUCAGUACUCUGCUGAAUCUCCCCACUGUGCAGAAUCCCCUUCCAUAAAUGACUCCCUACCACUUGAGAUUACAAAGUGUGAAGGACAGUCCUCAGACGAAUCCUCACUGCAACCCGAAUUCAGGAUCUCUCCUAUUGGUAAAAGUUCCUCUAAGUCCUCGUCAUCUGGCUCAUCAUUGUCCUCCUCCUCCAUGUCUACCAGCACAGACUCACCCAUCACUCUACCCGUCACCUUGAAUGAUGUUGUUCCUCAGCUGUCUGCAGAGGGUCAGCGAGAGAUGAAGGCCACCAUAACGGUGACUGUCCAGCAGCCCUUUGACCUGAAUGGGCAUGAUGAGCUGGUCUACACUGUGGUGGAGGAGGUAACCAUCAGUGGCAUGGCUGAGAAAGGCAGGUCAACCAACGUCAUCAGUUUCAGCGAGGGGAGCCCUCUCCAGGCCUUACCAUCAGGUUCACAGCCUGUCAGGAUCAUUAGCAGUGUCAGUGAAGAUGCAAGUAUUCCAGAUUUCUUAGCCAAGGAUGGGGCAUCAGAGAGACAGCUCCUUUCGACAUCACAGGAAAGAUGUGAGUUCACAUCUAACCAGGACUCUUCCAACAAACUUGAGACUCAUGGUAUACAUCCAAGUGCUAGUGUUGAGGGUUUUUACCAACCCUGCUCUAGAAAAAUGGAAAACCAGACAGAAACUCAAUCCAGUUUGGUUUGUGAGAUGACAAAACAUGUCAGUAGUUCCUCAGGAAAUUCAGGGGGUAAAGCUAGUCUAGAGAAAUUGAAGUGUGGGUACACACCUUCUCAGGAUGUUUGUAAGAAAAAGCUAGAAGUCAUCAAGGAAAUGCCUUCACCAGCCAAAAGUAUGGACAGUCCCUGGAAAGCCUGUAACAAAGAUGGUAUCCCCAGCAACCAUACACCAAAAUCAAGUGUUCAUCAAGGAAUAGUCAGGAAAACAGAUUGUAAGACAAAUAGCUAUCACAACCCUCUUCAAAAUGAUACCAAGAAAUCUAUAGACCUAGAUGUUAACGUGUUCCCCAGCAGGACUAGUGACCGUCACAAUCCCAUUCAAAAUGAAAGCAAUAAAUGCAAGGACCAGGAUAGCAGUAUGUUCUCUAGCAAGGCUAAACUUGAUAAGAAAACCUAUAGGGUGGCUGGGCCCAGAGAUCCCCCCACGGAGUUCAGACAAGAAAAGAAAGCAGCUGGCAAGAAAGCCAAUCAGCUAAACAAACACCACUCCUUUAAAGGUGAGGUCAUCAUGUCACCAGCCUCAAGAAGGAGGUUGUUGGAUGCGUAUGACCUGACCAGAUCAGAGAGCCUGAAUUCCAAAAACCACAGAACAGCCAGCUUACCGAGAGCUUGGCAUAGUCUGGAUCAAGAGGAUGGCCUUGAGGAUGACUACCAAACCAGUACAAGAAAGGACUACAAGGUGCUGGGAGAAGCAAUGUCCACUCCGUGCAGUCCUGGAGAUACUUUGGAGAGAAGGCAUUCACGUGCCAAACAGGGACGUUUUUCCAGAACCAAAGAAAACGUAUCAUCUGGGAGGAGGGACAACUCAGACCAGAAUAGAAGAGCCAGCAGUCAGUCCAGCCUGCCUAGAAGUCCAGUAUUGCACCAGAAGCCAUCUUUUCCUUAUGCGGCUCCUGACGAUUCCUGUAGAAGAAAACACCUACGGUCUCCUAUCGAGGAAAGCAGUAAACUAUUUAGUGCAAAAUUGGAGCAAUUGACCAAUAGGGCUCCUACUGGAAAUACAUCACGGUCAGAAUUUUCCAACUUUUAUUUUUCAGAACAGGACGAUUUUAUGACAUCCACGGAUACUCUGGAGCGCUUUGAAAGUGAUUCUACUUUGCCAAGAGCAAAUGCCAGGAGAUACCCUAAGUUCCUACCUAUAAAUGACCAAGAUGACAGUAGUUCGGCAUCUAGAAGUAAUCUGUCCAAAGUUUCAGCAGUUAGCAAACUAAUGAUGUCUAGUUCAAAGCCAAGCAAGAGCUCAACAACCAGUACCAAGACCAUUAACCUCACCACCCAGUCUUUAAGGCAGUCAGUGAGGAGCUCAAGUUUGUCACCAGAUGGAACAACCUCUGGCCAUUGUCCUUUGGCAACCCAAUCAUUGUCCCGAAGCCAAGGCUCCACCUUUUCUGCCAAGUCCUCCCUGAAAAUCAUGAAUGGCAGGAUCACUGAGCUUCUUCGAGGGAAUGGAGAUCCAAUCUCUGGUGUCGACCAGGGUGGUUCUGAAUACAAAGAGAAGGGAGCGGCCAAGGAUGAUGAGAACCUCCCCUUGCCUUCUCCUUACUGUAGGGUCACAGCUCCACGAAUGCCCAGCCACUGCAGCGGCCAUGCCAGUGAUACUACAAGCAUCCUGAGUGGCGAGCUGCCUCCAGCCAUGGGCAAGACCUCUCUACUGUGUAACCGCAACAGUGUUGUAAGCAGCGGUUAUGAGAGCUUGAUGAGAGACAGUGAGGCCACGGGAAGCAGCAUGUCUAUCAGAGAGUCCAUCAGUGACCACAGCGGCACUCACAGCUUGGCCAGGAGUGGUAGGAGCUCGAAAAGAAGGAACAACAGCACAGCAGGGACCAGUCAGAGACGUCCGUCACAAGAAAACCUUCUAUCCUUGCGGAGAUCAUCUAGUGGCCCCAGAGUGCGCUGGGGGGACAGGGGUGCAGCUGACUCCUAUGAGAUUAAAGUCUAUGAGAUUGACAAUGUGAAUGGUUUGCAGAGGAGGGGGCUCUCCAGCAACCGAGGUGUGGCUUGCUUUAGUGCUAAGCUGAAGUUCCUAGAGCACCGGCAACAACGGAUAAUAGAGUUGCGGUUGAAAUACAACAAUUUGAAGAGGGAACUGGAGCAGGCAAAGCAGUACCUCAUGCUAGACCCGGAAAAAUGGACUCGCGAGUUUGAUCUUUGGCAGACAUUUGAGGUGGACUCCCUUGAACACCUUGAAGCCUUGGAGCUGGUCACCGGCAAACUGGAAAGCCGACUGAACCUGUGCAAGGCCCAUAUGAUGAUGGUGACAUGUUUUGACGCUGCGCCAAAGCGACGACAAAAGAGAACGAAGAGAUGUCGGCCUUCGCCAGACCCAAAGGGAUUCCUGUGACUCAUGUGCUAUACGCCUGUUUUACCAGAUGUGGUAUCACUUGGAUUUUGACUUAUCAGUAACAGAAAUGACACUUGGAUAUUGACUUAUCAGUAACAGAAAUGACACUUGGAUACUACCAACCUUAAAGAUUUAGCUCUCACUUUUGGUGCUAAUGCAGUCAAACUGGAUGUCUAACGCCAUAGUACCUUUGAGCCAAACUGAAUCUGUAUAAAAUGACUCUUUCAUCCCUGAAGGACAAUCUAUUUCUCUUCACAUGACUCAGACUGCAAAACGUCCACUUGAUGCAGUUUUUCUUGUUAAAAAAAGAGUUCCAAGAAGGGGAAGAAGGUUUCAAAAGACAACAGGUCACAGGGUUUGCAACUAUGUAGUCUCCUCUUACACCACAGGAGAUUCUCCUGUAAACUGAUGAACUGAUGAACCACAGGAAAC